CGUUUCCCUCUUAGGCAGAUACUUGACUCCUUGCCUACACUUAGUUCAGUACACUUACAUACUCCAGAAAGUGUGGGUGAGACCUACGUAGCACUGGUGGACCUGCAGGCAGAUGGCUCUUCUUCAGGCCAAUAAGGAUCUCAUUUCUACAGGAAUGAAGGAAUUUAAUGUUCUGCUGAAUCAGCAGGUCUUCCCUAAUCCUCCUCUGCCUGAAGAAGCCAUGGUGACGAUGGUGGAUGACUGGGUGAACUUCUACAUCAACUAUUACAGGAAGCAGAUGGUCGGGGAGCAGCAGGAGCAGGAGAGGGCUCUACAGGAACUUGAGCAAGAGCUAAGAACUCUGUCUGCCCCUUUCCUGACCAAGUAUAGGGCAUUCUUGAAGUCCCUUUGAGCACCUAAAUCACUCACUGCCUUUCUCCUAGCCCAAAUACCCUGCUCCUUCAUGGUGUUACUCUACCCUGACACCUCAAUAAAGACCAAACUGGUUUGCUGGUC